AUGCAUCUCAUCACUGUCAUAGAUUACAAGCAGGACAUCGACAAGGUGGCUCUGUUAUAUCUGUUCUCACUUACUCAAGAUUACGACAACGGUCACGACGCCCAAUGGUCCGGAGUUCAACAUGCUGAGAUGUGCCCAGGACUACGUAGACGUGCGGUGCUGUUUAGCGCGGAACGGAAGAAGUUGGUCUGUGCGGUUAGCUACAAACCCUUGUCUGAGACUGGUUGGAAGGACUACACCAGCCAUGACGUCGGCAAACUGGAACUACAAAACCUUCGCAUUCAGGACCUGACUUGGAUGGAAGAGUCGAAAUCGCAGUGGGGUAUUCCUAGUGCGGUGCUUCGAACGUGUGGAAGUUGGCGGUGCAAAUGCUCUUUGGCUGGCAAAGCCGUUAACCGUACACUAACAAAGUCUGGUAGAGGACUUGCUGGCCCAGGUGGUAGCAACCCCAUCCAUCUAAGCAGAACUGGAGAGGAAAGGCAAAACGGCUGGCUAGCCAUGACGACAAUGAAGAAAAGGGCCAACUUCGGUACGGACAACCCACUUCUUCAACCUUCUAGUCUUUCAGUUACCGUAGUUCGAGUCCUCUGCGUGGUCAAUGAGGGAAAAUGGCGUCGUGGAAAGAAGCCCGCUGCUGAGGAGACUUGUCUGUGCUAA